CUUGGACUUUUUAGCCGGCACUUUUUCAUAGCCAGCGUGCAGAUGGACGACAGAGGCGUGUCGCUGCGGUGCGAGGAAACGGAAGAGGACCACCAGGACCGAGCAGCCAAGAGAGUCCCGGGAAUGGGUGUCACAGGGGGUCUGCUGCGGGCUGCUUGGGACCCGUCGGUGUCGGGGAGGCGCGUGAUCCAGAGGCUGCUUCACGUGGAGGAACGAUAUGCUCCCUCGCCGCUCUACGUGAGUCUCAUACAGCAGGAACCGGAAAGACGGGAUGAGCUGGCCAAGUGGACGCUGCAGGUGUGCUGCGAUUGCGGCUGCGACGAGGCCGUGUUCCCGCUGUCCGUCUCUCUGAUAGACAGGUUCCUGUCGGUCGCGUUGUCGGCGCCCGUGUCGCCGUACUGCCUGGCGGCCGCCUGCGUCCUCGUCGCCUCGAAGCUGAGCGAGUGCGACAACAUCACCUCGGACGCCCUCUGUGCCGCCGCGGAGUACGACUUCCUGCCCGCCAACCUGCGGGAAAUGGAGCGCGUUGUCCUGGCAACCCUACGCUGGGACACGGCUGCUGUGACGCCUCAGGACUUCCUGCCGCACUUCCUGGCCUCGCUGGAGGAGAGGCGAGAGGAGGAUAGCGCCACCCUGAGGCGGCACAGCGACACGUUGGCGGCCAUGUGCGCGUGUGACUCACGCUUCCUGGGGGCGCCGCCCUCCCUGGUGGCCGCCGCCUCGCUCAACUGCGCCCUGCGGGGCCUGGGCAACAACGGGCGCUCUCGGCUCUACCUGCUCAGCUUAACGCUGGCCGAGCUGUGCCAGGCCGACCUGGCGGUGCUGCAGUACUACAGCGAGAUGAUCGAACGCGCCCUCCGCCAGCGCCUCAGCGGCGGGCCCGUGGACAAAGGCGCCGAGUUGGAGGACGAAAGAUCUUGCACGCCCACUGACAUGAGAGAGAUUGAUUUCUAAAGCUUUGUUGUUGUCCAAAUUGCAAGUGCGGACCAAUCAAAUGUCGUCAGUCAAACUGAUAUAAAUGAUGACCUCAACAUAGCAUAUUUUUAUGAACUGAAAUGAUGAAUUGUGUUGUUAAUUUAAAUGUUACCAUUAUUUAUUUACCAGAAUGUUUUUGUGUUCCUUGUUCCAUAUUUAUCUAUUUCUAUUAAUUUUAUUUUAGGCUCGUUUUGUAUGUAUGUUUUGCUUUGCAUAUUUAUACCUUUUUAUUUAUUUUUAUC